GAGCCUUGACACAGGCGACCAGAGGCCACAGCGUGCCAAGACGAAUAGCGAUUAGACUGAUGGCAUUCCUUUCGUAACCAAGGCAACAGGCUACUAUCUCUAGAUGCUCGGACUUGGGGCACGGCAGCCGCCGCAGCUAACCCGCCGCACUUGUGCUGCUAAGAGCGGCAAGACGAGCUUCUACACGGCGCGCGCGGACAAGAGAGAGCGACAUGCCGGCAGCAGUUUCUGUGGAGACGGCCAUGAGCGGGCUCGGUACCGUCAUGUUCUCGAAGGUUCUAGGGCCAUCCAAGCAAGGCAUUUCCCGGGUCGGAGGGCGAGACCAUGCAGAGCGUGAGCUUCGACCAGGUCGACUGAUGCAAGCGCACCGCCAUAUAUUUCAGGUUCUAGCUUCAUGCAGUUCGGCUAAAAUACGCAUGGGCUAUCCCCUCCGCCGAGAGUAUUGAUCAGCAGGACGACGCUAAGCGCUGCCUCAAGCCGUGC